AUGACAAAUAUGAAACACACAAUUCCUGUAUUCCAUAUCCAGCCUGAUUUCCACGAAGUGAUUGAAGACUUACAGAAUCCUCCAAGAACUGAUGAUAAGCGCAACCAAACUGCAGUCGAUGAAGAUGCAUUCUAUAUAAAUAUGGAUAGGACUUUGAAUGAAGUGAAAGAAUACAGAAUUAGAGUCAGCAAUAAGGGCACGAGAUUCCAACCAGUGCAUGAUCGACAGAACACCUUCAAUCAUUCUUCGCAGAAUGGUAGAUUAUAUAACGCCGAGUUAGAUGGGCAACAAUCUGAAUUCUUAAUACCAGAUUGGACUUGGCAAAAUAACAUUGAUUAUCAACCUAGUAUACUUAAUAAUAAGACAUUCACCUCCAUCGACGUGAUCCAAAAUAAUUCGGCAGUGAAAUUCGCUGUAGGGGAUAAUGUGGGUAAUAUAUCGGUAUUUGAUGAUACAAUGAAUCUAACCUGUCAAUUAGAUGAUGCCCAUUUUGAUGAAAUCUCGAAUUUAAAGAUAUUCCCAAGCGGUGAAGUAUUAUUAUCUGCUUCCAUUGAUAUGCAAUUGAAAAUAUGGUCUUUAAAAGAUGGAUCAAAUCCUAGAACUUUCCUUGGUCAUAAGGGGAAAGUUACAGACACAGUUUUGAUUGAAAGAGGUAGAAACUUCUUAUCAUCAUCACGAGAUGGAUCCAUUAGAUUAUGGGAAUGUAGCACUGGUACCACGAUAAGAACAUUUACAAGAAAGGAAAAUCCAAAUGAUGCAAUUCUUUCCAUGGGGUUAUUGAGCAAUGAUAACCCCUUAACGAAUGAACCAGCUUCCAUGAAUGGAAACAGCCUGGACUUUGGGACAAAGGGUAAAACUGUUAUUUCGUCCCAUAAAUCUGGUGUGCUUACUUUGCAUGAUGUAUUUACUAAAGAAUCUCUUUUACAAAUGCCCAGUAUAUUCAUGGAACCAUGUAAUAGUGUAAUUGUUAAUCCACAAGAUAACAACUACGUGUAUGCAGGAUAUGAAAACGGGUCUAUCCUCAUAUGGGAUAUUCGUUCGAAUACAGUUCCAUUGGAGGAAGUCGUUAUCAAUAAAGGUAUUGCUAUAAAUGCAUUAAAAUAUUAUGAUAAUAAACUGGCAAUUUCUUCAGGAACUGAUACAAGCUUAUUGCUAGACUUAGAUAGUUCAGGUUCACAAUUCCAGAAUUAUAUCCCUACUUUUCUUGUAAACGAUGAUUGUCAAGUUACUUCUUUUGCUACAGACUCCAAGAAAAUCUAUAUAGUGGGUAAUAAUAGUUUCUGGGCUAGUUUCAAACUUUGA